CACAGCUGAACUAUGACAUUUAGCACUAUGGGGGCGCUAAUGUACAUCUACGCUGGUUGCCAACCACCAUGAACAUUUAAAGAGCAGAAGAAGAAGAAGAGGACACUAAAGAGUUCAGGUGCACGACAUGAGGAUUUAAUGAGACAGCUUUUAUCUUACUGCUUUCGUGGAAGAUCAGGGGAUGGCGGCAACAAGGCCACGGAGAGAUAAAAUAAAUCCCAGACAAGAUGCUAGGUAUUACUGCUCCUUAGGUGAAGACAAGGCAGGAUUUGAUGUGAGGUAUAUUGAUUCAUUUAAAGGUCGCGGUGUGUUCAGCUGUCAGUCAUUUCAAAAGGGAGAUUUUCUUUUUGAGUACAGAGGACAAAUCAUAACUAAAGAGGAACAAGAAAACCGAAUGAAACUUUACCAUGAUGCACUCAAGGUUUUCAUAUUUGAUUUCAAGUUCAAUGGAAAACAGUUAUGUGUUGAUGCUGCCAGAGAGGACGGCUCACUUAGCAGACUUGUAAAUGACGAUAAUGUGAAUCCAAACAGUAAAAUGACAGUUACCAGAGUGGAUGGAAGGCCCCAUCUCUUUUUGUUUGCAAUCAAAGAUAUUGGUCCAGGAGAAGAAAUCACCUAUAACUAUGGUGAUUCCAACUGGCCAUGGAGAAGCAAGAAAUCCAACAUGGUGGCAUCUCAGGCUGUGGAUGAGAAUGCAGCCAGUUCCUCUCCUAACGAAGCAACAAAGAAAUCCAACAUGGUGGCAUCUCAGGCUGUGGAUGAGAAUGCAGCCAGUUCCUCUCCUAAUGACGCAACAAAGAAAUCCAACAUGGUGGCAUCUCAGGCUGUGGAUGAGAAUGCAGCCAGUUCCUCUCCUAACGACGCAACAAAGAAAUCCAACAUGGUGGCAUCUCAGGCUGUGGAUGAGAAUGCAGCCAGUUCCUCUCCUAACGACGCAACAAAGAAAUCCAACAUGGUGGCAUCUCAGGCUGUGGAUGAGAAUGCAGCCAGUUCCUCUCCUAAUGACGCAACAAAGAAAUCCAACAUGGUGGCAUCUCAGGCUGUGGAUGAGAAUGCAGCCAGUUCCUCUCCUAAUGACGCAACAAAGGACUGCGAUCAUGAUCUAGUCCCUGACGAAAUGUCAAGUUUAGAAAAAUGUUUUGCAUGUGGAGGACCUUUUUCGCCUCUGAAAUGGAGUGGUGUGAGAUGUGAAGCACAAAGUAAAAAUGGAGCGGGUAAGGUCAUUGAACCCAACAGAAUACUAAACAAGGAGAUGAAGCCAAGCAGUAAGAAGAAAACAAAUAAACAAUCUGCUUCUCUGGAAAAUGCAAGGAGGGUCAAAAAGCAUCCUUGGUCUCCCACGGAGGUUGCUGCGAUAAUGAAGCAUUUUGGCGAACAUAUCAAAAAAGGAAAACUGGCCACUAUUAUCGAAUGCCAGCAAUGCAAAACUGCAGAAGAUCCUCCUCUGGCUGGUCGUUCUAUUCAAAACAUCAGAGAUUUU